CAUCGAUCAAAAUGCUGAUCGUCAAGGUAAGGUAUUUCGAGCUGUGAAAGACCUUUUAGUGGAAGAGAAUACACUGUGCUUUUCAGACUACUCGGAUACUGAAAUCAGCGCUUGCAAAUGACUUAGGGAAGUACUCUGUGUAAAACGUUUCUCGACUACGAGAUGAGUUUGAUCAAUGUACUGUCCCGGAUGAUAGUGAUACCAAUAGCGAUUCACCAACUCCAUUAUUUAUUGAGACAUUUGCGCCACUGACGGAAGACGAUGUGUGCAUGCUUAUUGCGAACUCUAAUCUACAUCUUGCUGCCUCCAUCCUAUCCCCUCACCUCUACUAAAGUCCUGUGUUGAGCCUCUUAUUCCAGUGGUUACGGAAAUAAUUGACAUCUCGUUGGAUUCAGGAAUUUUUCCUGUAAGCUCGAAAGAGGCUGUGGUUAUACCUCUGCUGAAGAAAUUGGGUCUUGAUUCAGUGUUUAAGAACUUGCGUCCCGUGAGCAAUUUGGCCUACAUCCCUAAGCUUACAGAGCGUGCUGUAUUUAAUCAGUCAUAAGACCACAUCGUCCGGUCAGGUCUUUAUCCGCUGUCGCAAUCUGCAUAGCGUCGACACCAUAGUACGGAGACAGCGUUAGUCAAAUUCGCUUAUGAUAUUCUUUUAAAUAUGAACUCGCAGCGUGUUACUCUACUUGUCCCCUUAGAUUUAAGUGCCGCAUCCGACACAGUGGAUCAUGGAUCAAGCUUCGGCAUACACGGAGAGACUCUAGAGUGGUUUUCGUCGUACUUGUUAGGGCGUAGCCAACGUAUUUUGUUCGAUGGGAUUAAAUCAGAUAGCUUUGAUUUGCGCUUCGGUGUUCCACAGGGAAGAUAUCUAGGUCCGCUUCUUUUUGUGGUUUACGCCUCAAAUCUCUUCGAGAUAAUACACGCGCACCUACCUAACGUUCAUUGCUUCGCUGAUGACACUCAACUCUACUUGGCUUGUAAUCCCAACAGUCCGACGGAUCAGGCAGAGGCGGUGUGCGUCAUGGAAAGAUGCAUUAGUGACUUAACAAAAUGGAUGUACCAGGACAAACUAAAAAUUAAUGAUGAUAAGACUGAAUUUCUUAUUAUCGGAUCUAGACAACAACUGUUGAAAAUUAAUCCUUGUACAGUCCGUGUUGGCACAACAGACAUUAAGCCCGUGUCUGAAGUGCCCAAUCUUGGCUCCUGGUUUGACUCUAACUUCUCCAUGUUUACCCAUGUUUCCAAGUCUUGUAGCGCGGCAUUUUUAUGAGACGUUUACCUUUCGCCAUCUUCAUCGUCACUGUCGUCAACGGAUAAAACAUCGUCGUCUUCAUCAAGCCUGUUUGUACAAUCUUUAGCUCAGUACAUUUCCGGCCAUUGACAAUAGAGGAGCUCUAUGAAAGUUUGCAGGACCUACUGCACUGGCAAGAUAGUAGUUCUAGAACUACUUGCGAAGCCGGGUGACCGCCCAUCCAGUCUACGACCAGUUUGUUAUCUUCAUUACAUCAGCCAAAUCCCACUGGCGAUGGGAUGUCUGGGCACCUUUGUAAACUUCGUCUCCAGACAGCAGCCUGGUAAUUAACUUGCAGGGUUGCAGGGUGGCAGCUGGUUGGAUUGAGCGUCUCCCCUCUUCAAACAGAACAGUCGGUAUCGCAGCUCGUUGAUGUCAAUUUUCCCAGAGUUUCUGCAGUACAUGGCACAUGUAAAUUUCUGAAGACUAUGGUACAGGUGAUCGGAAAGAUUCCAGUCCAUACCCUGUUGCUGGAGAAUUUCUUGAAAUUCAGCAUUUCGCUUUACAAUUCGAUACCCUGCUACCUUUCUCCGUCCGGCAAAAGCACUAACAGUGUAGCACGCAGUGCAUGCAUGAAAGCCAGGCAGUGAUAUGCAUACACUUGCUCCAAUGCUGCUAACUACAGUAACUCCUGAGAUAUCCGUGUACUUGACUCUGGUGUGUGAAACACAUUUAAAUAAUACUGAAGAAGGAAUAAAAAGCUAUUGAAGGCCAAAAGAAGUAUCAACACAUCAGUGUUUUCUGGUACUGUGACGACCGAAGCAAACUUCGAUCUGGCUGCAUGAGCUGCAUGUAAGAGGCCUCGGGUACCAGCCUCCCCUCGGGUUGAUUCAAGCUUAUUGAUAGGCUGCAUUAUUCCAGACGAUAACUGGUAACAUAGUAAAUGGUUUGAAUCCAGGAGUGUCAGUAGUUUGUAUAGUGUGAUC